UCAGAGACAAAGUAGAUGUAAAUGAACACUACUCAACCCAAACCAAAGGAGAAGAUUAUAUAUGCAGAGACAAUGGAAAACAUUCCAAUUGGACUUUGACUCAUUCUCAUGAAAAUGGGUCCCUUACAUCUCAGAAAAGGAUCCACCCAGGAGAGAAGCCAUACAAAUGCAGAGAGUGUGGAAAGAGCUUCAGCCAUAGUGUUUCCCUUACUUACCAUAAAAGGAUCCACACAGGGGAAAAACCGUAUAAAUGCAUGGAGUGUGGAAAGACCUUUACUAAUAGCAGUCAUCUUACUUCUCAUAAAAGGAUCCACACAGGGGAGAAGCCAUAUAAAUGCAUGGAAUGUGGAAAGACCUUUAUUCAGAACAUUCAACUUAUUUCCCAUAAUUGGAUCCACACAGGGGAGAAGCCAUAUAAAUGUUUGGAGUGUGGAAAAGGCUUUACUCUGAAAAGUCACCUUACUUCCCAUAAAAGGAUCCACACAGGGGAGAAGCCAUAUAAGUGCAUGGAGUGUGGAAAAAGUUUCAGUGAGAGCCGUUCCCUUACAUCUCAUAACAGAAUCCACACAGGAGAAAAGCCAUAUAAAUGCAUGGAAUGUGGCAAUAGUUUCAGAACAAGCAGUCAAGUUACUUCCCAUAAAAGGAUCCACACAGGGGAGAAACCAUAUAAAUGCAUGGAGUGUGGAAAGACAUUUGCUCAUAGCAGUCAACUUAUUUCUCAUAAAAGGAUCCACACAGGGGAGAAACCAUAUAAAUGCAUAGAGUGUGGAAAGGGCUUCACCCAAUGCAGUAACCUUACUUCCCAUAAAAGGAUCCACACAGGGGAGAAGCCAUAUAAAUGCAGAGAGUGUGGAAAGAGCUUCUGCGAAAACUGGUCUCUUACUGUUCAUAAAAGGAUCCACACAGGGGAGAAGCCGUAUAAAUGCAUGGAGUGUGGAAAGAGCUUUAGUAAACACAGUAAUCUUACUUCCCAUAAAAGAAUUCAUACAGGGGAGAAGCCAUAUAAAUGCAGAGAGUGUGGUAAGAGCUUCUGCGAAAACUGGUCUCUUGCUGUUCAUAAAAGGAUCCACACAGGGGAGAAACCGUAUAAAUGCAUGGAGUGUGGAAAGAGCUUCAGCAAACACAGUAAUCUUACUUCCCAUAAAAGAAUCCACACAGGGGAGAAGCCAUAUAAAUGCAGUGUGUGUGGAAAGGGCUUCUGUGUAAAUGCAUCCCUUAUGCAACAUGAAAGGAUCCACACAGGGGAGAAGCCGUAUAAAUGCAUGGAAUGUGGAAAGAGUUUCCGCCAACACAGUAAUCUUACUUCCCAUAAAAAAAUCCACACAGGGGAGAAGCCAUAUAAAUGUGUGGAGUGUGGAAAGAGUUUCAGUCAUAGUGGUUCCCUUACUUCCCAUAAAAGGAUCCAUGCAGAAGAGAAACCAGAUAAAGGUGUGAAGUGUGGAAAGAGCUUCCGGAAGGGCAAUGGCUUAAUUUCCCAUACAAAGAUUCAUUUGGGUGACAAUCCAUGAAAAUUCUAGAUUUAGGUGAUUAAAUCUAUGCAUUUCCUAUUGAUAUAUACUAAACUAGGAAAUGAAAGUUUUUUUUGAGUCUGAUCCUCACAAAUGGAAGCCCCAGAGAGAUGGAGUUACCAAUGAAAGCAAAAACAAUGGGUACAUGCUGUUUUAAUUAAGAACAGCGGAUUUUUGAAGGUACUGUCAUUUGAAGGUAGCGAAUGCUAUUGCAGAUCAAUAAGAGAAAAUGUUUUGUUCUUAAGUUUACAUUUAUUCCAGUUUCCAGUUGGGAGUCAAUUCCAAGAAAAUGGCCAUUUUAGGCAUCUCAGAUUCUGUGCUAUGCAAUUUUAUGAAGAUGUUGUCUUUAUUGUGUUUGCAAAAGUGAGCUUCCUAUUCCCCAAUUGUUUGUUGUUCCCACUUGAUCAUGGUUCUGGGAGGGAUGUGAACAGGCAGACAUUUAACAGGCGCUACUUCCCCAGGCAGUAGAACGAACUGAAUCUCCCUGGUGCAUCUCUUCAAGACAAGGUUUAUUAGUGUUUCUUCCGCUAUAGCAGACAUGCAGGUAGAAAUUCAACAGAUUCACAGUCGCUUCCCAUAAUUUAAACUUUCCUUCUUUUGUCUUAUCUUAGUAUAAUUGUUUUCCCCUCCCUUUCUCAUUCCUUAAUACACUCACAGUUUAUCAGAGGACCCUACAUUCCUCCCAAAAAGUUGGAAAUAGUGCAGCAUAAAGAUUCUGGAAUCUGAAGCAAUAUUAUAAUCCAAAGGGAACUCAAGUUCCAUCAAUGUAUACAGAGAGAGAUGGAAUGUGAUAUUGAAUUGUCCCAUUGAAUAAUUGUGAUAUUGAAUUAAAAGUGACAA